AUGAUCCGUUUGCCGAUCAUCAACGAGAAUCUAGUCGAUGUGAAUUUAUUAGAAAUAUUCCAUGCGGCAAUGUACCGAUCGGUACGGAUCCUAGCACAAUUCCGACACCCUUGUUUUUUAAAGGAUUGGAUGUACCUGAUGGAUUUUUUGAAUCUCUACCGACGUAGAUUAGCAACGUAUGAGAAAUGGCCUAAAUCAAAGUCACAAGCUGAAAAACUAGCAGCUGCUGGAUUCUGUUAUUUGGGAAAUAGCGACCAAACAAUAUGUUCUUACUGCGAUGGAAGAUUAAAGAAUUGGGAGCCGAAUGAUGAUCCUUGGGUAGAACAUGCCAAAUGGUUCCACUACUGUCAUCAUCUAAUUAUAAGUAAAGGGACGGAAUUUAUAAACAAUAUUACUGGGACAUCGUACAUCAAAAUAAUAAGCACUAGAACUUUAAAUGAUACAAUGGAAGAAAAAUGUAAGGAACUUGAUACAAGUGAGAAAAUUGAUAGUGAAAGCUCUCAAAAUUUAAUUACCGCCAAAAAACCUAAUACAGAAGCAAGUUGUGUAUCGCAUGAAGCCAGCAGCGAGAAACAACGUGACCAAGGACUGAAGGACAUAAAAUUGAGUGAUAACAUUGGCAAAGAUACAGUAAAUUAG